AUGAGUACAAAAAAGACCUAGAAGGUUAUUGGCAAAACUUAGAAGAUUGUUGAGAAAUAAAGUUAAGAAUCUUCAAAUAAAGAAUAAAAAAUAAAAAGUAAAGUCAACAGAUUAGAAUAAUAACCAUAAGAAAGACAAAAUGGAAUUAUUUAUGUUGGCCAUUUACCUUAUGGGUUUGUUGAAGAUGGAUUGAAGGAAUACUUUACCUAAUUUGGUGACGUGCUUGGAGUCAAAUUAUUUAGAAGCAAAAAAACCAAUAGAGUCUAAGGCUAUGGUUUCGUAAAAUUCGCUGAUAAGGAAGUAGCACCUAUAGCAGCAUAAGCUAUGAAUGGUUAUUUAAUGAAUGGAAAGAAGUUGGUUGUCAAUGUAUUAAGUGACUAACAUCCUGAUCCUUUCAAAUAUAAACACGGAAAUUAAAAAUUGCAUUUUAUUAAUUGGUCUGAAAAAGCAGUUGAAGAAUCAAAUAAAGAAAAAUCAAAUGAAUAAAUUGUUAAGGAAGUAUAAAGGUUAUUAUCAAAUGAAGAAGAGAAGAGAUAGAAACUAAAAGAAUUAGGAAUCAAUUACACUUACUAAGGAUUUAAAGAAUAGCUUAAAGCUUGAAUUGAUCGAUUUGAUAAUAAUUAUUCUAUAAAUUAAUAUUAAUGAAUCAUAUUAUAU